AAACUGGGCUUCCAUUCCAUUUCCUUGUGCAGCAACUUGGCUACAAAAGGAACCAUCCAUCGACGUUCAUCCACAUAAAUCACCAUUCACACUGCUCAAAAUCUCGACCUGAUUCAACACCCAGCUGCCGUCCUACGGCCGCUGGAGGAUAUGCAGACGGCUCUCGCCGCCGCAAACUGGGUACUCGGCAACGUGCUCAAGAAGCUGUCCGAUGAUCUGGUGGCGGCGUAUGUGGCCAGUUCCGAGCUUGGUCUCAACUUCACAAGGAUCAAAACCGAGCUCAACUACACGCUCGGGCUGCUGCACGCGGCGCAAGGGAGGGAUGCCGUCUGCUACAACCCCGGCCUGCAGGGGCUGCUGGAGGACCUGAACAAGAAGGCCGACGAGGCUGAGGACGCACUGGACGAGCUCCACUACUUCAUGAUCCAGGACGAGCUCGACGGCACACGGGAGGCCGCCCCAGAGGUGGGCGGGGGCCUUAGCGGCCAUGCCCGGCAUGGCCGCCAUGCUGUUCGUCAUACUGUCGGUAACUGGCUCCCAUGCUUUUCUUGUUCCCGUACACAAGAUAAUGCUUACAACAACGACAAUAAUGGGCCUGUUGGAGUGUUGCAAUUCGAUAGAGUUGCCAUGGCCAAAAGAAUCAAGUCACUGAUCGAGGACAUACAGACCUUGUGUGCUCCUGUGUCCAAUCUCCUCCAAAUAAACCAUAGCAGCUACCCUACAGCAACCAGGGCGGCCUCUCUGAAACGGCCUAACACCAGCUCAACAAUUACACAAGAUAAGUUGUACGGGAGGGGUACUAUUUUUGAGCAGACUAUAUGUGACAUGACCAGCGGCACAUAUCGCAGUGAGGUACUAUCUGUUCUUGCUGUAGUUGGACCGGGGGGCAUUGGGAAGACAACAUUCACUCAACAUCUAUACAAUGACAAAAGAAUAGAAGAGCACUUUCCCGUUAGAGUCUGGGUGUGUGUAUCAACUAAUUUUGAUGUUGUUAAGCUGACCCAGGAGAUUCUAAACUGCAUACUUGCAGUAGAGAAUGAAGAAAGUAGCAGAGCAAAUGAAACAACCAAUUUAGACCAGCUUCAAAAAACUAUUGCGCAGAGAUUGAAAUCCAAAAGGUUCUUAGUUGUCUUGGAUGAUAUCUGGAAGUGCAAUAGUGAGAGUGAGUGGAAAAAUCUACUGUCCCCGUUUACAAAAGGGGAAACCAAAGGCAACAUGGUUUUUGUGACAACACGAUUUCCAAACAUAGCACAGGUGGUUAAAACGACUAAACCGAUAAAAUUACAAGGCCUGGAACCUGAUGAGUUCUGGGAAUUCUUCCAAGCAUGUAUAUUUGGUGACACUGGUGUUGAACUUGAGCAGCAUGACUUAAUUGACACUGCAAAAGAGAUUGCAAAGAAAUUGAAGUGUUCCCCACUAGCUGCAAAAACGGUUGGUCGGUUAUUGAAGAACAAUCUUUCCCGGGAACAUUGGGUGGAAGUUCUUGAAAGAAAGGAGUGGGAAAAUCAGAAAAAUGAAGAUGAUAUUAUGCCAGCACUGAAAAUUAGCUAUGACUACCUUCCUUUCCAUCUAAAGAAAUGUUUUUCAUACUGUGCUCUUUUCCCUGAAGAUCAUAAAUUUGAUGUUUUAGAGAUUACUCGUUUAUGGAUUGCAAUAGGAAUAACAGAUUCUAGUGGCGAAAACAGAGAAGUUAAUGACACAAGAUCAAGGUACUUGGAUGAGCUAGUAGAUAAUGGUUUUCUCAUGAAAGGAGAUGAUAAUUAUGUUAUGCAUGAUUUGUUACAUGAGCUAUCUCAGUUUGUUUCAUCGGAAGAAUGCAUAAAUAUAAGUGGUUCUUGCUUUAGAGCUGAUGGCAUCCCACCAUCUAUCCGUCACUUGUCUAUCAACAUUGAGGGCAAAUUGAAUGAAGAUUAUGAGAGAGAAUUGGAUAAACUAAAGAAAAGGAUAGAUGUUAGAAAUUUGAGGACUUUGAUGUUUUUUGGAGAAUAUAACAGAGGCACCAUUACUAUUCUAAAUGAGGCAUUCAAAGAAAUGAAAAGCCUUCGGGUUCUAUUUAUAUAUGUGGACUCCAUAGGAUCUUUUCCAUGCCACUUUUCAAAACUUAUCCACCUACGUUACCUAAAAAUUAGAUCUCCUCUACUCUUAGAACCAUCGCUACCUAGCGCUUUGUCCAGAUUUUAUCACAUGAAAUUCUUGGACCUAACACAGUGGGGUGGUGGUUACGGUGUGCCUAAUGACAUUAGCCGCCUUGUGAAUUUACGCCAUUUUCUUGCUCAAAAAGAACUCCACUGCAGCAUUCCUGAGGUAGGAAACAUGAAGUAUCUACAAGAGCUAAAAGAAUUUAUUGUCAAGAAAAGGAGUGUUGGAUUUGAACUAAGAGAGUUGGGGAAAUUGCGAGAACUUGGAGGAACCCUCACCAUACGCAACCUUGAAAAUGUGGGAAAUAAGGAUGAAGCACAUGAGGCCAAGUUGGUGUUAAAAAGAAAUCUGAUUUCAUUGAGAUUAGUUUGGAGUCAACAAACAGUAGACUCUGAUGUUGUCGAUGGCCUUCAACCACACCCUAAUCUUAGAGCACUCAGCAUUAUAAAUCAUAGUGGUACCAUUGGUCCGAGUUGGUUGUGUAGUGACAUCUGCUUCGAAAAGUUGGAGUUUCUACAUCUAGAAGGUGUGUCUUGGAACACUCUUCCACCUUUUGGGAUGAUACCAUAUCUCACAGAGCUCAAGUUGAAGAAGAUUGCCGGGAUGCAUCAGUUUGGACCUGACUAUGGUGGUGGUAAAGAUAAAAGUUUCACACAUUUGAAGAAAAUUGUGCUGUCUAAUAUGCCAUGUCUUCUGGAGUGGGUUGUAGAAGCUGAUUGCCUAUCAUUUCCAAGGCUUGAAAUCAUUGAGUGUGUAGAUUGUUACAAUCUAUCUACUCUACCCACCUCAGAGUGUUCUAAAAAGGACAUUUUUCCCAGUCUUUGUGUUCUACAGAUUUUUGGGUGCCCUAAGUUAUCACUUGCCCCGAUCCCUUGCACUUCAAAAACAACGUACAUUCAUGUGGUAAAAGAAUUUUCCGACACAUUGGUCCAUUAUGAGAAAAACGAGUUGAAUGUUAACAGUUAUUUUGGUGCUCUGGACUUUGUUAAUAUGGAUAAAGUAAAGAAGAUAAGUAUCAAAGAUGUCAUGCAAACCUCACGGACUGAACUCCAAAUGCAAAGUUCCGAACAAUAUGACAGUGACACCUUGUUAACAGAAGAAUUCAGUGACAGUGUUAGAUCCAUGACACAUGAAAAAAUAAGUCUCAAUGAAUUUCGUUUCUGUGGAGAAUCACUAGCAAGGGCAUUGAACUGUCUCCCAGCCCUUUUGGAAUUGGAGAUUAGGUAUUCAGUAAAAUAUGACAGAGAACACAAACGGGUUCCGUAUUUUCCUGGGACAGAAUAUCAUGAUCAAGGAGUGCAAUUUCUUUCCUCCAGCUCACUGCAAAAGUUAAAGGUCUCCAACUGUCGAAACCUUAUUGUUCCCAUGGAUAACCGGGGAGGACUGUUGGGCCUCACGUCACUCGAAUCAUUAACAAUAGAAAGUUGUGGUGAGAUGCUCUGUCAGUGGUCUACGGGAGAAGCAGAUCCAAUCAUGAAGCCUUUCCCUGCAUCUCUUAGGGAGCUCACCAUCAUCGGUGAGUCAAGCAAGCUGGCAAUGUCUCUGCUUUCAAACCUAACAUCUCUUACCCAUCUCGAACUAGUAGAUUGUGAGAAUCUAACAAAGGAUGGGUUCAAUCCUCACAUUAUGUUCGGACUCAAGAAGUUGGUGAUUUACAAUUUCAAUGACUUCACCAGGAGAGGAAAUAACAUUCAUGGUACGGUAGAAAACCAUCGCUACUCUACAGAACAUGAUCUAACCUCGGAGCCUUAUAGUGAUGAUAUGGGAGAAAACCAUUGCGACUAUACAGCAGAGGAUCUCCUGUCACAGAUGUCAGAGGAUUACGAUGACAAUAGGGAAGCAAAUGAUUGCGACUCUGUGACAGAGAGCCAUCUCACUGCGGUUCUUGGAGACAUGGAAGAAAAGCUCCCCUGCUCCAUAGCAGCGGAUCUACUCGCGGAGGUGGCACGCAGGGUGAAUGCAAUGUCAGUGUCAGCAGGUUCCUUCUACCAGUUGGAGCAUCUUGAGGUGGAUACCAUCUCUGGGGUGCUUGUUGCUCCAAUUUGCAGUUGCCUCGCUGCAACACUCCACACUUUAUCCUUCCGGCAUGAUCAGCGGGUAGAACAGUUCACAGAAGAGCAAGAGCAGGCGCUUGAGCUCCUCACGUCCCUCCAGCAGUUAACAUUUGAAGGUUGCUAUGAUCUGCAGACCCUUCCAAAAGGAUUAUAUCUCCUACGUUCUCUCAAGAAGUUGGAGAUCAGUAAAUGUCCAGUCAUCCGAUCACUGCCGGACAAGGGCCUACCCACUUCGCUGAAAGAACUAGUAAUAGUGGACUGCACCACGGAGCUGUUUGUGCAACGCAAGCAACUAGAAGCAAGACACCCAGGCUUACUCGUGACGAUGGGAUAAUCCAAGGACUCAGGAGGUACUUUCGAUCAGCCGGUGGCCCAUCACCCCUGCUGCUUCAACUACAGCAUACAAGUGUGGUGUAGCUCUGUUGGAGCUGUGAAUUCAUCAACUUUGUAAAGGUUAUAUCAAUGUGGCUAAAUCUGAUGUUGUAGCUCCUAUUUCACCACCUGGGAGUUAAUUUAGCUCAUUUGUUUUGAAAACAUUGCUUAUACAUGUAGGCUGAAUAGGGGCUCUGUAAGGAACAUGGCCCCAUUAAGCUAUUGUUUGUGAUUUUGGUGAUUGUGUGACAACAUAAUCAAUGGGACUAACGAGUUUGUGAGAUCA